UCAUUUUCUCUCCCUUUCUCCUUGACAUCGGAACAUCAUCGAUGACUAUAGGCUGGAUCUUCAACAUAUUUCAGUUCAUAUACAGCUUCUCUGGGCCUUUUUUGGGUCCGUUGCUAGCAGAAUUCUCUUGGAGGUCGGUGGCAAUGCCAAGCGCGCUGCUUGCCGCUGCCUCGCUUGUGCUGUCAGCCUUCGCCGACUCUGCUGUGUUCCUGAUUUUCUCUUACUCCGUCGUGGGAGGAAUAAGUUGCGGCCUUUUGAAUAACUUGUGUUACGUUAUUGUCUCACACUAUUUCUACAAACGUCGAGGGAUAGCAUAUGCCAUACUUGUGGCAGGUGUGUCAUGCGGUCCGAUCCUCGGCUCGCUCCUUGUCAGUUUUCUCCAAGAAAGUUUAGGGUUCAAAGGAGCAACACUCAUCACUGGUGCGGUCGUGUUCAAUGCCUGCGUCGGCGCCUCGCUCUUUCGCCCUCUACAGAAAAAAACCGGAGACUCUGAAAAGGGCAAAAAUCUAUACAGACUGAUGUUAAGAGUGAUUUGGAGUACUGUCACAGAUAUAAGCGUUCUGAAAUCACCCCGAGCUGCUAUCAUCGCUGUUAGCGGAGCUCUUACUCUCAACAGCUGGCUAAAUUUCUUAACACUAGUGCCCUUUGCUGUCCAAGCGGCAGGUUACUCUUUCCAAGAUGCAGCCUGGUGCGUGACAGCAUCCGCUGUGGGUAACCUAAUAGCCAGUCUAGGAAUCUCUGUGCUGCCUGACUCUCCAUUUUUCAACAUGAGAAUUAGUUGCAUGGUCUGCACUGCCACCAUCGCUGCCUCAACACUAGCUUUCAGUCUCAUAGAUGAUAUCACGCUGCUAAUGUUUGUGAUGGGCGCGUGGGGCUUUGGCGUCGGGGGCUACAUGGGGACCUACAACCUGGUGAUCGAGAAGUAUAUGGGCCCCGAAAAACUGAUUCCUACAUGCGGAGUUACACUGAUGCUGGUAGGCCUUUGCUUCAUCACCAGUGGACCGGCAAUAGGUCUGAUUAGGGACAUGAGCCAGAGCUACGCUGUUAGUAUGUACGUGCUCUCGGGAAUGGCCUUCGUGUGCACAGCCUUGUGGAACUUCAUGCCAGCGGCCGUUCGGUACGACCAACGCAGAGAAAACGAGCGGGAUAAUGGGGAAUGAAUGGCGCACCUGUUAUGAGAGUGACUGAUACUAGAAUUCCAUGCACACCACACAACUAUAAUUUAGCUAAUUACGAUAUUACUGUAUACAAAUGAGGGUAAAUAAAAGAAACCCGAUACAUGCACGACAACAUAGAUAUAUAUGUAUAUAUGUAUACAUAUAUGUAUGUAUUAUGUAUUUAUAUGUGUAUACAUAUAUAUACUUAAUAUACUCCCGUGCGUGUCUGCACGCUUGCUUGCUUGUAUGUGUGUGCAUGAAUACACAGACACACAUGUACACGCGUUUACAUGCACAUGCGUGCACGUAUGAAUACACGCAUAGGAGUCGACCCUGAGAAAAAAUCCUGAGGGCAGUUUGUUGUCGCUUGCGACCCCAUUCUGUCAACUCUUGCGACGCCGCUGGUACCAAACCAUAUCGGUCCUUGCCGUUCCUUUGGAUCCAUCAGUUGCGUAGAGAGUGUGAUGAUGCAACAUGGGUAACACUUGCUCCUCACAUUGUCUCUACAUAUUCGGGAGUGGGUAGAGACAACAAUGUCAUGGUUGACACCGACUGAAGG